AUGGGAGCAGAGCCGGAUCUGAGCCAGGUGGCACAGGUGUCGCUGCUGUACGGGUGGAUGAAGGACCCCAAGACCACCUGCGAUGACCUGGCGCGCCUCGUGGACGAUGACGUGUCGGACGCGGUGCCGCCAGCUGGCAACGUGCUGGUGGAGCGAGGGCAGCAGCUGCUGAAGGAGUUCCCCACCACCCUGGGGGAGGAUCUGCAGCUGUGGCGGCAGCUGCAUGUGUGCAAGGCGCGCGUGCUGUUCGGUGCGGUGGAGGGGGGUGAGGGGGGUGAUGGGGGUGGUGGGGAUGGUGUGGAUGCGGGGCAGUGCGGUGCAGAUUAUGUGAGGGAGCUGGGCGAGUGGGAGGUGAUACUGAGAGCAGUGGAGAAGGAGGCAGGGAGUCAGGGACAGGGGCAGUGCAGAGCGUGGCAGUGGCUGACAGGAGUGCACAAUUCAUCUUCAUGUGGAUGA